AUGAACCACACAACAGCCUACCACCCACAGACCAACGGAUUAGUGGAGAGAUUUCACCACUGCCUGAAGAAAUCCCUGACAACCAGACUUAAUGGGCCGAAUUGGAUUGACCAACUGCCAUGGGUGAUGCUGGGAAUCCACACCACCCCAAAAGAAAAUCUCAACACUUCCUCCAUGGAAAUGGUGUAUGGUGCUCCUCUUACAGUGCCAAGAGGGUUCCUUCUGAAUAUGAAGUCAGACGUGGAUGUCAAAAGGUACCUUGCUCAACUGAGAGACAGCAUGGGCCAGUUGCACCCUGUUCCCAUGUCGACACAUGGUACACCCAGAUCAUCCGUACCAAAUGACCUCUGCAUAGCUAACUUAGUCUUCGUUCAACAUGACACACAACGAAAACCCCUCCAGUCACCCUACGAUGGUCCAUAUCAAGUCAUACAUCUGGGAGAUAAAACAUUCCAACUCCUAAUUGGCGGACGACAAGACACAGUCUCCAUCGAAAGAUUGAAACUGGCCCAUCUCAAUAUUGACAACCCCUUUCAGGUAGCCCAGCCACCAAACAACCCUAGGCAGAUCACACCAACCCUUGACAAGGAACAAUCAUCAAAGAACUGA